AUGUACACACGAAGAACAUCUUCAUCUUCUCCAUCUACAACACCUCAAUGGAAAUAUGAUGUCUUUCUCAGUUUUAGAGGUGAUGACACUCGAAAGGGCUUUACAAACCACUUAUAUGAAACAUUGAGAGCUCAAGGAAUCAUAACUUUCAGGGAUGACCGUACAAUUUCGAAGGGAAAAGCUAUUUCUGGAGAACUGAUUGCUGCGAUUGAAGAAUCAAGGUUUGCACUUAUUGUCCUCUCACAAAAUUAUGCAUCCUCAACAUGGUGCUUGGAUGAACUUGUACACAUUCUUAAAUUUAUGGAAGCAAGAGAAACAGUGCUACCAAUUUUCUAUUAUGUUGAUCCAUCUCAUGUGCGAAAACAAACGGGGUGUUUUGAGAAAGCCUUUACACAACUAGAAGAAAGAUUUAGUUUGGAUGACAAAACGAGGGUGCAAGAGUGGAGAGAUGCGUUGGCAAAAGUGGCAGAUUUCUCUGGGUGGAAGGCUAAGGACUGGUAUACAUUCACUUUUAUUAUUUUCCCAAGGAAAGUUUCUUAA